AUGGCCAUCAACGUUUUUGACAUCGACAUCAUCUAUCUGUGGGAAUUAGACACCAAAUGCUUCCUUGCUUGUAACCUUCGGACACAUACAAAAUCUUAUGGAGCUCGUAAAGAUGGUUACCCUUUUGAAACUCGUAAAACUGUCUGCAAGGAAGAUAGUCUCUGCUUCGAGCCACGGUCGUCGCUUUCGCAGUUUGUUCCGUCCCUGCAAAUCGUACCUACGUUGGAACCCAAGUUGAUAUAA